UCUGAGGAUUACCUGUGGAAAGCUCACCUGGAGUUUGAUUGGGAGCAGGAUGCUGUUUUGAUAACUGGUGUGUACUCUUCUGGAGGAGGAAUAUCUUCUCGUAACGCCGGACAGCACAGGUACAACAACUUGAUGAUCUUCACACCUUAGCAAGAACAUCACAGAACAACAGUGGAGGAGAUGGAGUUUCGAUUUGGGUUCAGGAUCAUACUGGUCCUGACCACACUGGCUCUGACACUAUUUGGAGGAGGCGUUGAAGCACAAAGGGCAGGGUGCAAGAACGUUCACUAUGACCUGGUUUUCAUCUUGGAUACCUCGUCCAGUGUUGGCAAGGAAAACUUUGAGAAGAUCCGUCAGUGGGUAGCAAAACUGGUGGAAUCUUUCGAAAUAGGCGCGGAUAAAACACGUGUGGCCGUCGUCCGCUACAGCGACCGACCCACCGCCGAAUUUAACCUGGGCAGGUACAAAACCCUCGAGGAGGUCAAGCGUGCCGCUGGAAACAUACGCUACCUGGGUGGGAACACCAAGACUGGAGACGCUAUAAGUUUCACCGUCAACAACAUCUUCACGGAGAGGACGGGAGCACGGCCCGCCGCCAAGGGCUUUCAGAAAGUGGCCAUCUUGGUAACGGAUGGCAAGAGUCAAGAUUACGUUCUGGAGCCGUCUGUGGCGGCAGCGGCUGCUGGAGUCAGGUUGUUUGCGUUGGGGAUCGGAGAGGCCCUGAAGGAGGAACUGGAGGAGAUCGCCGCCGAGCCCAAAAAUGCUCACGUGUUCCAUGUGACGGACUUCGACGCCAUUGAUAAGAUCAGGGGGAGGUUGAGGAGGAGACUCUGCGAGAAUGUCCUGUGUCCCAACAUGAAGGUCCAGUCGGGACGAUUCCGGCCGAACAGCACCAGUGCUGGACAGACGGAGGUCCCAGGUUUUGAUUUGAUGGAAUACUUCAAUGUGAGAGAGUUUCUGGGGGAGAAGUUUGAGCCUGGUCAGACCCCCUACGUGAGGCUCGGGACCAUGCCCAUUGUCCAAAAAACAGAAGAUGUGUUAUCUCAAGGUCUACCCGAUGAAUAUGCCUUUGUGACAACAUUUAAGUUCAGGAAAACAUCUCGUAAGGAUAACUGGUACCUGUGGCAGGUCUAUGACAAAUACGGCAUCCCGCAGGUUUCCAUCCGUCUGGACGGCGAGAACAGAGCGGUGGAGUACAAUGCAGUGGGUCUGACUAAGGAUGCGGUCCGGGCCGUCUUUAAGAACCCAGAAGUGGACGACCUGUUUGACCGUAACUGGCAUAAGAUCGGAAUGAGGGUGGACUCCAAGUCUGUGUCGCUCUUCUUGGACUGCAAACACAUUGAGACGGUGCCCAUCGAGGACAGAGAGGAUAUUGAUAUCCAGGGAAAGACCGUCAUCGGAAAGAGAGUCUACGACAGCGUACCGAUUGACUUUGAUCUCCAAAGAAUGGUGAUCUACUGUGACGGUAAACAGGCCGAGCAGGAGACAUGUUGCGAUGUUCCUGGUGCUCCUUGUGAACAAACUCUGGUGACCGAGGCCCCCCCUCUCCCAUUGCCCACCCCAAAACCCACCAGUGCUGAACAGCAGAAACCAGCCACGGUCAACUGCUCCUGUCCCGCAGGGGAAAGGGGUCAGACAGGCCCACAGGGUGUCAUGGGGCCCAAGGGUGAAAAGGGUGAUCCUGGUCUCAAAGGGCCUGAGGGACCACCAGGACUCAAAGGGGAGAGAGGAGAGCGUGGUGAGGCUGUCUCUAUCAAAGGUGAUAGAGGGGAAAAGGGGGACAGAGGUGAGCAGGGCGAACCCGGAGCCAGAGGAAACAGGGGAGAGAGAGGUUUAGAUGGUUUACCGGGUCUGGCUGGAAAGCAUGGUGAUAAAGGAGAGAGAGGUGGGCAAGGACUUACAGGUGAAGCUGGGUUACCUGGGCCCCUCGGACCAAAGGGUUUCCAAGGUGAUUCUGGUCCUCCAGGAAAGCCAGGUCCUCAGGGGGUCUCUGGCAGUGCAGGAAUAAAAGGAGAAAAGGGAUUGUCUGGAGAUCGGGGUGAUCCAGGUCUAGAUGGGUUUCCAGGAAAAUCUGGAGUUCCAGGAAAAGAUGGUCUCAAAGGGUUAACCGGUGCUCCUGGUACAAGUGGAGUCAAGGGAGAAAGGGGAGAGAGAGGACUUCCUGGAAUUCCUGGAGAUGCGGUUCAACUGGAUGGCCUGAAGGGGGAAACUGGCACCCCUGGUCCUCGAGGACCCCCUGGAGCAGACGGACCUCCUGGACCUCCUGGCCCUCCCGGACCCCAAGGUUUGCCCGGAGUGUCUGGCGAGAACGGACAAAGGGGUAAGAAAGGAGAUGCAGGUUUGCCAGGAGUCGAUGGGCUUCCUGGAACACUUGGACCUCAGGGGCCUUCUGGACCUCCUGGCAGCCCGGGACAAGCAGGGUCUGCCGGCUUACCUGGUGAAACUGGAAAGGCAGGGAAACCAGGAGAACCGGGCCUUCCAGGAAGUGAUGGAUUAGAUGGCAUCCCUGGAAAUGAUGGCGAGAGGGGACAAAGAGGAGAACCUGGACAGGAUGGUUUUCCUGGCAAACCAGGACCGAAGGGAGAUGAAGGUCCUCCAGGACCACAAGGACCUGCAAGUGAACGGGGAGAGCCCGGUGUAGCCGGCCAAGCAGGCCCAGUGGGACCCAAAGGAGAGCGAGGAGGCCAGGGAGAAAGAGGAAGAGAUGGACCAACUGGGUCCAAUGGAGAAAAAGGAGACAAGGGUGACAUUGGGCCCAGGGGACCACCGGGAGCUCCAGGGAAUGUGGCCGAUGUGAUUCCUGAACCAGGCGAACCGGGCAGACCUGGGGAAAAGGGAGAGAAAGGAGACCAAGGAAAACCAGGCGAGAUGGGUAAAAGAGGGCUUCCUGGAGAGCAAGGAUUCACAGGACCGCCAGGACUUUCGGGGCCUAAAGGUGAUGCGGGUGAUAAAGGGGAACCCGGGAGAAAUGGAGACCCAGGUCCACCAGGAUUGACGGGCUCUCAGGGUCCCUCUGGGCUGCCAGGCAACGUGGGCAUUCCAGGCAGUAUUGGUCCACCUGGUAUUGCUGGACAGAGAGGGGAGAAGGGUGAUGGAGGCAAAGACGGCCCCCCUGGACCACAUGGUCCAAUCGGUGCGCCCGGUUUAAGAGGAGAAAUCGGUUUACCAGGAAAGAGCAAAGAAGGACCGAAGGGUGACACGGGACCCCCGGGUCCAGCUGGACCUCCAGGACUGAAGGGUUUGCCCGGUCCACCGGGAAUGCAGGGAAUGCCGGGAGCCAGAGGACCACCAGGAGAUGGGACCACCGGACCCCCAGGUCCUCCUGGUUCUCCAGGGCCUACCGGAGCUGCGGGUUUGAGAGGACCUCCGGGUGUGACCGGACCACAGGGUCCCGCUGGACACAACGGUUUGCCCGGAAGACCUGGAGAAAAGGGUUCUCCUGGAGAACAGGGAAAAGCUGCGGAUCUUUCCGAUCUAAACCUGAAGGACAUAUGUCGAGAUUGUCCUCCAGGACCGGCUGGACCUCCGGGUAUCCCAGGAGCACCGGGAGAAAAAGGUCAUACUGGACCACCUGGUAAAAACGGUCAAGACGGUUAUCAGGGGCAACCUGGACCAACUGGACCUUCAGGACCGCCUGGUGCUGAUGGAGCCAAGGGGGUCAAAGGUGACAAAGGUUCUUCAGGAGCCCCUGGAGAUAAAGGAGAGAAGGGUGCUCCAGGACCUCCUGGUUAUCCAGGGGCCGCGGGGGCAAUGGGACCACCUGGUAAUGAUGGAAACCCAGGGCCCGUUGGACCGCCGGGAGCACCUGGAGAAAAGGGUAAAGAGGGUCUAAAGGGAAUUCAGGGACCUCCGGGACUUCCAGGUCUGAUGGGCAUGAUGGGUAAACCCGGAAAGGACGGCAGACCGGGAGAACAAGGAGAACCGGGCAAACAGGGCGAGCCAGGACCAUCGGGUAGAGAUGGACUUCGAGGAAUGCCUGGUUUCAAAGGCCAUAGAGGAGAAUCAGGACCUCCAGGGUCAAAGGGCGAGGAUGGGAAGCAGGGUUCUCCUGGGCGUGAAGGUCCAUCAGGAAAAGACGGUAACGCAGGACCACCGGGGCAAGAGGGCAUGCGAGGACCACGAGGAGAACCGGGUCAGCCGGGAGAACCAGGACCAGCAGGCAAACCUGGAGCUCAGGGCAAUCCUGGUCAAGCAGGACACAAAGGGGAAGCGGGCAGCCCGGGAUUACCUGGUUUUUCAGGUCCUAAAGGGCCGUCGGGUCCGGCUGGUCCAAUUGGCCCAGAGGGAAAACAAGGUAUGCCAGGAAAAGCAGGGGACAGGGGCCAAAAAGGAGAAAAGGGUGAUAAUGGAAUAAAGGGUGACAAAGGACCCGUCGGGGAUCCGGGCAUUCCAGGUACAUCUGGACCUCCAGGUAGGAAGGGUCACACGGGGAUGAUGGGUAUGUCUGGACAACCGGGUGAAAUGGGUCUUGCCGGGCCUCCUGGGUCCCCGGGACAGCCGGGUUUUCCAGGACAAAGAGGCGAGACGCCAUCACUGGAACAACUGCGGAGAAUCAUUCAAGAGGAACUUUCCAAACAAUUAGAUGCUAAGUUGGCCUACCUCAUGGCCCAGAUGCAGCCCUCGCAUAUAAAGAGCACGGCCGGGCGUCCCGGUCCACCUGGUCCCUCGGGUAAAGACGGACCUCCCGGUCGACAGGGCCCAUCCGGAGACCCUGGAAUGCCAGGACAAAAUGGAGCAGAAGGAUCCAGAGGUCCAGUGGGUCCCAAAGGUGAACGAGGAACAAAAGGUGAAAAGGGAGAGGAUGGAAUUGGGCAGAGAGGAGAGACUGGUCCAGCUGGUCCCAUUGGUCCUCCAGGAAUGCCGGGAUAUGGAAAAGACGGUCUUCCUGGAGCCGCAGGAGCUCAGGGAGAACCCGGUAACCCUGGUCCUCACGGUCAGCCCGGACCAUCUGGACCACCCGGGCAGUGUGACCCUUCACAGUGUGCCUACUACGCCAGCCUGGCAUCACGACCUCACACCAAAAACGUCAAGGGGACUUAAUAUGCCUCUUACCGUGCUGGACUAUAACAUCUAUUUAUGAACUUGGACGUUCAUCCAAGAACAUUUCUCUCAAGACUAGUUUGGAGAGUCUGAGAGGUGUGUGUGUGUGCGUGUAUGUGUAAAUGACGUAUCACGCUAAUAACCCUGUGUACACAUCUUUUAUAACCCUGGGCACUUUUAACCCUGGGUUAAGCAACGUUUCACACUUGUACUGUAAUGUUAAAAGUGUCAGCACUUAGCCUUACUGUCGACACGUUGUGUUUUUGGAUUUAACCCUGAAUUAGGAAGUGAAUCUUGCCGCAAAAAAUAUGUUUGUGGAUGUACAGUAUUGAUCAGGUUUAGCAAUUACACCUUGGGAAGGUUUCGAGGUUUCACUGUGGUAAACGGUAAAACCCAGUAUUACAUUUAACCCAGGGUUAAGAUUAGCCUUUGUUAUGGGUUAUUCUUCUUAAAUCAAGCCCAUCAGGGUUUUUCUUUUUAAAAGGGCAAGAGUCCAGGGGCCUCAUUUAUAAAACGUGCGUACACAAAGAUUUGAUCGUAAAACAUGCGUACGUAAAAAUACACCCAGCGUUCAUAUUUAUAAAAACGGACUUUGACGUGGAAAAGUGCUUAGCGCCACGUCAGUGUCUGAGCAGACGUGCGCACUUUUGCUUGUCCGAGUGCUGCAGUUUUUUGGAAAAGUAAGUCAUUCCUUCCACUUGUAUAGGAUUUGUACAUUGCUCUUUCAUACAUCAAUGGCAUUAUUAUGACAUCAUUAAAAGGCGGAGAUCUGAAACUGUUAAGUUGCGCGCAAUUUCACCAUGAUUUGCGAUUUAUAGAUUUCACAUCUGGUAGAGAGGCGUACACGCGUUUGCUGUGCGUACGUUCCUUUUAUGAAUCACACGUACGCACUUUAAGAAAUGAUCGUAAAAUCAAAUUUAGGACGGUUUUCAGGCAACCUUUUUUAAACGAGGCCCCGUUUUAUGAAGGAAAGAUUUGUACAUUUCACACUGUGAUGUCAUGAUGACACGGUCUUGCUGACAGUAUUCAGUGAUGUCAUUGGCUUGUAGUCAUAUUGAUAUUAUAUUAUAAGAUGUGGGGAGGUUCUGUUGACUUCACUUAUCAAUAAGGAUCAUUAAAAGUCCAGAAGAAAGUGGAGACACGCA